AUGUUCAUUUCGGGCCCCAGCUCGUCACGAAGCGAAGAAGUAGAGGUGGUUGCAUCCUCGUCGCGGUCUCAGAUUGUUAGGAGAGCUAUUGCGGUUGAAGUAACGCCGCUGGAACAUCCGGAGGAAUAUGAGUACUAUUCAGAGCCCGAGGACGUCGUGGAGACCGUGCUCCGAGACUAUGAGCAGUCCGAUGGCACGCUCAUGUACGCCGCCUUGUUCACAGACGGGCGCAGAGUAGUGUUGCCCUUUGAACAACUCAUCGCAACAGACGACGGCCCUGUCGCACUCGAAAAGUACAUCAACAAAGUCGAUUCGGAAGAAGUCUCAGCCUCCGAAAGUGAGGCGCCAGCGAUGAAUUUGCGUCCCGCACGCAAGUCUGCGAGACAGCCAGGAUACAUCGACAUUUCCAAGAUGAAUCUCUCCGGCGACGAAGAUGAGCUGAUAGCUGAGGCCGGGCCGUCGCGGCGCACCCGUGGAAGACAAGCGAGUACCAGGUCAAGAAGCCAGAUCACGGUAGAGUCCAUCUCCUCCGGUGGAAGUGAGAGUUCUGCGGCACGACCGAUUCGUGGACGACCAACUCGCGGAAGGACUACCCAGAAUGGCCGGAGCACUCGCACUGCUGCAAGCGCCCCUUCAGUCGAACCACGUCGUUCUGGACGUCAACGCAACGCACCUCGGUCCAGUGAAGAAGACGAGGAUGAGUUGCAGGAGAGUUCGGACAGCAUGAACAUCCUUAGGUCAGAUGUCAUCUCUCACAAACGGAAGCGCGGCCGGACCUUUACUGCAAAAGAAGAGAAGAUUCCUCGAACGGGAUAUCGGCAAUCUGACCGGUCGACUCGAGCCCAGAAGAACAUGGAAGAGGCAGGCCUGGACGAUGUCUACCGUUCUGAUUCUGAGCGGUCCCAGCCAAACGCCCCAAAGAUUGUCAGCGUAAAAGAGGUGUUCAAGCCAAUCCCCAGCAACAAUCCAUUCCGAACACUCCACGUGCACGGGUGCGACGUUUGUGGUGGAGGCACGCAGGCCGGUCCGCUAGUGCACUGCCAGGGAUGCUCCCUUUCAUACCACAAACCCUGCCUAGGUAACCGCAGUGGUAGGGAACAUCUCGUCACCAAGAUUGGCGAUGGGGACUUCGUCCUGCAAUGCAAACGAUGCGUGAAUGUGCCGCAGAAGAAAGACCCCACAGCACCCGAUAUGGCUAUGUGUCAGGAGUGUCAGGAGGUCGGACCUGCAUGUUCACCAUUCAGAGAGAGAAAGACGACCGUGCAGGAGCAGAAGGAGAGGAACGAAAAUGGCGGCGAGGAUACUAUCACGAUAGUUGACCCUAGAUUGAUCAACCAGGCCAGCAACGUUUUGUUUCGCUGUAUGGGCUGCUCGAGAGCCUUUCACUAUCACCAUUUGCCUCCGCUUUCAGCAUACACCAUGGACAUUUCCCGCGACAAAGACGAAACCGCGGAAGAACGAUUCCAUGAAUACUCUAAGAAAUGGCGGUGUAAGGACUGUGACGACAACAAGAGUCGCAAGAUUUCAGGGCUCAUUGCUUGGAGACCGGUUGACGUCGAUACGUACUACCCAGGCUCCCCCUGUGCUACGGUUAACGAAGACGACAAGCAGUACCUCGUGAAAUGGGAGAACCAGUCCUAUUUCCGAGCAACCUGGCAAUCAGGAGCCUGGACUUGGGGUUGCACGGCCGCGGCAAUGCGCAAGGCAUUCUUCAAUAAGGACCAAGGGCCGAAGUUGAGAACUGAAGACGCGAUACCGGAAGAGUACUUGCGAAUCGAUAUCGUCCUAGAUGUCAAGUUCACCAGCUAUGUUGAUGUCCGCACCGAAGACAUUGACAACGCCCGCAUCAAGGAGGUCGACGAAGCUCUCAUGAAGUACAAGGGACUCGGCUACGAGGAUGCCGUUUGGGAGAAGGUACCGACUUCCGAAGACGGAGACCGUUGGAUCGACUUUGUCACUGCGUAUAACGACUGGGUUGCCGGACGAUAUGUCAGAAUUCCCAAGCAAGGACCAAUGAAAGUGAGACUCGACAAAGCGAGGGCCAUACCGUUUUCAAAGCUCGAGAAGCAGAAGCAGCCGGAGAACUUGAUUGGUGGAGAGCUGAUGAAGUAUCAAAUUGAGGGGUUGAACUGGCUUUACUAUCAGUGGCAUUCCCUCAAGAACGGCAUUCUUGCCGACGAGAUGGGCUUAGGAAAGACGAUUCAGGUCAUCGCCUUUCUCGCUACCUUGGUUCAAGAUCACAACUGCUUCCCGUUCCUGGUAGUGGUCCCCAACUCCACUUGCGCAAAUUGGCGACGCGAGAUCAAGCAAUGGGCACCGGCCCUCCGUGUGGUCACUUACUUCGGAUCAAGCAAGGCGAGAAGUAUGGCAUAUCAAUACGAGAUGUAUCCGGAAAAAUCAAAAGAUCUUCGCUGCCACGUCGUUGUUACAUCUUACGAUGCUGCAUCUGAUGAUUCUUGCCGCAAGUUCUUCCGAGGCGUAUCUUGGGCUGGACUUAUUGUCGACGAGGGCCAGCGUCUGAAGAACGACAAGUCGCAGCUGUACGCUGCCUUGAAUACUAUCAGGGCUCCAUUCAGAGUCUUGUUGACGGGAACUCCCCUCCAGAAUAACGCCAGAGAAUUAUUCAACCUCUUACAGUUCCUUGACGACACGAACAAGGCUGCGGAGCUAGAAGAGGAGUACGCCGAGAUGACGAACGACAACAUCAAGAGUCUGCACGACCUUAUCCGCCCUUAUAUCUUGCGUCGAACCAAAGCUCAGGUUUUGACCUUCCUUCCGCCCAUGGGGCAGAUCAUCGUGCCAAUAUCGAUGAGCGUUCUUCAAAAGCAGCUCUACAAGUCCAUCCUCUCGAAGAGCCCGGAUUUGCUCAAAGCUCUCUUUUCAACGACAAAGACCAACCUUGGUCCUAAGGAGCAUGCAAGCUUGAGUAACAUUCUCAUGCAACUCCGAAAGUGCCUCUGCCAUCCCUUCGUCUACAAUCGUGCGAUAGAAGAGCGUACGGACGUUGCUACCGUCUCUCACCGCAACCUGGUGGAAGCAUCCGCAAAACUCGAGCUCCUAGAUCUCUUACUGCCAAAGUUGAAGGAACGAGGGCAUAGGGUACUCAUAUUCAGCCAGUUUCUCGAUAUGCUUGAUAUUAUGGAAGACUUCCUCGAUGGCCUGGAGAUGCAGUACGAACGACUUGAUGGAAAUAUUGGGUCUUUAGAAAAGCAGAAGCGCAUCGACAAGUUCAACGCUCCAGACUCGCCGCUUUUCGCCUUCCUGUUGUCCACACGGGCUGGCGGAGUAGGUAUUAACCUUGCGACUGCAGACACUGUCAUCAUCCUCGAUCCGGAUUUCAACCCUCAUCAGGAUAUUCAGGCCUUGUCUCGCGCUCACCGUAUUGGACAGAAGAAGAAGGUUCUCUGCUUCCAGUUCAUGAUCCGUGCUAGCGCCGAAGAAAAGAUAGUCCAGAUUGGUCGAAAGAAGAUGGCUCUGGAUCACGUUGUCGUAGAACAACUGGACGCUGAUGAUAUGGAGGAACACGAUGUCGAGUCCGUUCUUAAGCAUGGAGCUGCAGAACUUUUCAAAGAUGACGGCACUGAUCACGAUAUUCGCUACGACGUUGCCUCGAUUGACAAGCUACUCGACCGCAGUCAGAUCGAGAAUACCAAGGCGGGCGAAGACGACUCUGCAGAGUCGCAGUUCAGUUUCGCGAGAGUCUGGGCAAAUGAUCAAGGCACGCUACUGAAGGACAUCGAGGCACCAGAUGAGACAGCUCCGGAUCCAUCAGUUUGGGAGAAGAUUCUGAAAGAGCGAGAAGCAACCAGAGCGGCAGAGGCUCUAGCGAGAGCAGAAGCUUUUGGUAGGGGCAAGCGUGCUCGCAUGGCUACUAUUAACUACAAUGUCAACGGGCAGGAUGCUAACGGCGAUGGCUUCGGCAUAUCACCCGCCAAACCCAAAGGCCGCAAAAAGGCUCAAGAUGAGUCUUCUGACACCGACUUUCAGGCGGAACACUCCGACGUCGAAGAAGCUGACGAGAGCCCUGAUGAAGAUGAACCCGUUCUCAUGGAGGAGCUGGCAGACACGGAGCGGAGCAAGAGGCAAGGCAGAAUAGCUGGCGGCAUUGUGGGCGCCCAGUAUUCCUCAAAACACAACUCAGCCGGUAAAUACAACUCUUCAUCUUCAACGCUAGCGCACUCCCCUCGGAAUGGUAAAGCCGCCGCAGUAAGAACGCCCGUCAAGAAGCAGAAUGGUGUUGCGCGACCCGUAUUUGUUCCUCUCGACAUCAGUCCGGGAGGACUCAAGGGUUUCAAGAAUCCAUUCGGCUUCAAGCUCGGUCGCGGCCGCGUUUCCCUCCCUAUCAUACCCCAACCCAUCAAAAACAAACACAAGAAACCCACCCCCCUCAUCAAGAAUUCGGUUUCUACCCCCAUCGUCCUCUCCGACACCGACGAGCCUCCAGCCCCUAUUAACAAACACAUUGCAGUCAAACCCUUCGUCCGAUCCGCUCUCCCCGUCCCGCCUCAACUCGACCCCUACACCGCUCAGCAACUCCCGGCCUGCCCGGCCUGCUCCCUGCAGCACCCACGCGGCGCGUGCUCGCUCAAGUUAGCCGGCGUCGAACACUGCGGGCUUUGCGGCAUGGCACACUACGGCACCCAGCGCACGUGUCCGCAUAUCCAUUCCGAGACGCAGGUCCGGGACAUGCUGGAAGCGCUCAAGAACAGUACGGAGAGUCGUGAGCUUGUUGAGAACGCGGCUAAGUAUCUUAGGGGUGUGAAGGGCACGCUUGUGCAGAAGAAGAAGAAGGACCGGGAGAAGGCGCUGGAGAAGGCGCUGGGCGUGGGGACGGGCAAUGCGGGUGCGGGUGCGGGUGCGGGUGCGAUGGCGAACGGACAAGUGAAUGGACAAGGGCAGGGUGCACAUCAUGCGCCGGUGCAGUUGAAUGGGAACGCUGCUGUGAGCAAUGGCACGUCAAAGGCAGGUAGAACGGGUCCGAGUGCUGUGCCGCCGCCUGCUGCGCCGCCAGUGCAGAGGGUUGUGCAGUCUGUUAGUGCGGGCAUAAGCGGGGCUAUGGGAGGAACGGAUGAGAUGGAUGAGCAGCAGGUGGAAAGUGCGCUGAGAGGCUUUUUGGGGAAGUAG